CAAGUCAGGUUCUUCACAUGGCAAAACUUACUAACCCGCUGUCCCUAGCAGUAUGUCUCUCAGUUAUUGAUCCGUGGAAUACGUCGUAUAGUCCUCAACGUCCUCAACCUCCUCCACGGUCCACAGUCCGUGGCGUCCUUGGGAUGCUUUGGAUCCUUGGCAUUCGUGGUUAAAAAGUCAAAAAGAUGGACGAAGAAGAAAUGGUUGUGUUGGUUGCGAAAGGUUGCUACAUUUGUAGCUAAAUUGGAGUAGAUCCUGCACAAAGCUGUUCCAGAUAUUCUGGACCAGAAUGGCGCAAGGUACUUCUAGCGGUACAUCUUCACGUAGGCAUGGACGGAACGAACACGAUACUUCUUCCAUCUCUUCCAGUAGAUACGCUGACGCAGAAUGGGAGGCAAAGGAGGCAUUACGCCAAAGAGAACUGGAAGAGGCAAGAGCUCGGGCAACACAGAUGGAGAAAACUAUGCGUUGGUGGUCUGAUUGCACAGCCAAUUGGAGAGAAAAGUGGAGCAAGGUACGAAAUGAGAGAAAUAAAGCCCGUGAAGAAUCCAAGAUGCUGCGUACCAAACUUGAAUCAGCCUUUAAAGAAAUAAAUGCUGUGAAACGGGAGAAACUGGAGGUGGAAGCCCAGAAUGAUCAGUUAAAGAAGGAAAUGGAAAGGAUCCACUUGUUAUUGUUGAAACAUGCAGGACAGUGGGAUCAUGAACUGCUGGAAGCUUUGGAAAGUGAAGAUCCAGAACAUGAUGUCUCUUCAAAAACUGUUGAUAUAGGGAGUGCAGUUGGGUCCUCCAGCUUGCAGAAUGUAACUGAACUAGCAGCUAAUUCUCUUAGUGCUGACCUUUUUGAUUUAAAUGAAUCUUUGCAAUCUAGGCCAGAACGGGAACAUGGUGACCCAUUAGUGAUAGACAAGGACUCUUGUAUUGAGGAGUAUAUUCUGCAAGGGGCUGUCCCAAGGCAUGCUGUAGAAAUGUAUGUUGCUGCCAAAGAAAAUGCAGUGGACAGAGAUGUUGAUGGACUGGAUCAUGUGAGUAGAAGUGAUCUUGGUUUGGAUGUUAGCAGUGAAUUAACGCAGAAUCUAAAUAAGACUGAAAUAACACUUGGUUUUCAGUGUAAAACAAAUGAUGACACAUUGCCUAUGAAUAGACAAUUUUCUCAACAGGCAGAUAGUGAUCUUCCCUCCCCCGAUAAGGAACAUCUUCUCCAAAAGCUGUCAAUGUUGCAGCUUAGACUGGAUGAAGCGUCAAAGACAGUUCAGGCUGAAAGAGAUGAAAAGAUCUUGCUUCACCGUGGUCUAGAGAAGAUGCAAGUAGAGGUCCAGGAGCUGAAGGACCGAUGUGAAGAUCUGCGGGCUUCGAAACAGGAGGUGGUUCGGGAGUUGCUGUUGCUGCAGGACCAGCAUCAGGAUCAAGUGCGGCUCAUUCAGUUGGAUCUGCAGGAUGAGGCUACCUCUCGUGAAGGCAUGGACAGACGACUUGCUGAUCUGCGCACCGAGGUGGGCAACACUUCUGCUGAGCAUACCUCUGGUCCAAUCACGUUGGGUCGGCAGUGGUUGGAGCGCUUGCAGGCAGAGAAUGCUGCAGAAUGGGGAAAGCGGGAGAGACUAGAAACAGAAAAAUUAGGACUGGAACGAGACAACAAAAAAUUACGUGCAGAGGUCCGGGACAUGCAGGAAAGACUGGAGAAGAAAGGCCGUCCAUUAUCAACAACUGAUACUGAUGUUCGGCAAUUGCAGCAGGAUCUUGCUGAUAGAAAUAAGGAACUGUCAGAUUUGAGGCAUUCCCAUGGGAAGUUGAAGAAGGUACUCCAAGACAAGUCUACAGAACUGGCACAUGCUGUGCGCAGAGCAGAACAGUAUGAAGCUGAGGUUAAGCGGUUACGAGGGAGAGUGGAAGAGCUGAAAAGAGAAUUGGCAGUUGCUGAAGAUGAAGUGGAUAGUGCUUCCAAUAACAUCAGGAAAUUACAACGCACCAAUGAUGAAUUACAAGAACAAGUUGAAAGCUUGCAAGUUCAGGUGGAACAUCUUCAUACAAGAGUCCGCAUUUCAAGCUCUUCAACACUUCUGUCCCACAGAGGACAAACAUUGCUUGGUGAGGAAGCAAGUGAUGAUGACAUCAAUGAAUACUGACCGCACAUGUGUGUGUGUGUGUGUGUGUGCGUGUGUAUGCACAUGCAGAAAGUGUACAUAAGUGUUUGACAAGUGCCUGGACUGACAAGUUUGCAGUAGAAAACAAUUAUAUUUGGUCUUAAACAUAACUAUGUACUGAGUAAUGUCUGGUAUUAGAGAAAUAAGUUUGGUAUUGCGGUUUCAGAUUGUCUGGGUACUGUGUUUUAUAGUGGCAAUUGAAAAUUUAACGUAUCUUAUCCGUUGUGAUACAAGAAUUCCUUCCAUAGCAUUUUAAAGUGAACAACAGUGCGUGUGAGACCAUGACCUCAAAUUCAGAAGAAAUCUUGCCAUCUUCUGGGACAUCGUGUGUCUUUACAACAGCUGAUUUGUAUGUUAAAAAUCUUUGAAUUUGUCACACAGAAUAAAUACUUCAAAAGGAAAAGAAUAAUAGAGUAUUCUGUACCUUCUUAAAUUUUCUUCUUUUUUUUUUUUUUUACAAUGUUUCAUGACUCUGUACAAGGAAGGAGAUAAUUAAGUGUUGAAAUAUAGAUGACUAGAAGUGACAAUGUUUUUCUUUGCUACUGAAACAAAUUAUCAAAUUGGGAUAAUUACCCAUAAUAAUAAAAUUG